AUGGGGGGAGCACAUGGGGUGGGGGGAGCACAUGGGGUGGGGGGAGCACAUGGGGUGGGGGGAGCACAUGGGGUGGGGGGAGCACAUGGGGUGGGGGGAGCACAUGGGGUGGGUGGAGCACAUGGGGUGGGUGGAGCACAUGGGGUGGGUGGAGCACAUGGGGUGGGUGGAGCACAUGGGGUGGGUGGAGCACAUGGGAUGGGGGGAGCACAUGGAGUGGGGGGAGCACAUGGGGUGGAUGGAGCACAUGGGGUGGGGGGAGCACAUGGGGUGGGGGGAGCACAUGGGGUGGGUGGAGCACAUGGGGUGGGGGGAGCACAUGGGGUGGUUGCAGCACAUGGGGUGGGGGGAGCACAUGGGGUGGGGGGAGCACAUGGGGUGGGGGGAGCACAUGGGGUGGGGGGGAGCACAUGGGGUGGGGGGAGCACAUGGGGUGGGGGGAGCACAUGGGGUGGAUGGAGCACAUGGGGUGGGGGGAGCACAUGGGGUGGGGGGAGCACAUGGGUGGGGGAAGCACAUGGGGUGGGGGCAGCACAUGGGGUGGGGGGAGCACAUGGGGUGGGGGGAGCACAUGGGGUGGGGGGAGCACAUGGGGUGGGGGGAGCACAUGGGGUGGGGGGAGCACAUGGGGUGGGGGGAGCACAUGGGGUGGGGGGAGCACAUGGGGUGGGGGGAGCACAUGGGGUGGGGGGAGCACAUGGGGUGGGGGGAGCACAUGGGGUGGGGGGAGAACAUGGGGUGGGGGGAGCACAUGGGGUGGGGGGAGCACAUGGGGUGGGGGGAGCACAUGGUGUGGGGGGAGCACAUGGGGUGGGGGGAGCACAUGGGGUGGGGGGAGCACAUGGGGUGGGGGGAGCACAUGGGGUGGGGGGAGCACAUGGGGUGGGGGGAGCACAUGGGGUGGAUGGAGCACAUGGGGUGGGGGGAGCACAUGGGGUGGGGGGAGCACAUGGGGUGGGGGGAGCACAUGGGGUGGGGGGAGCACAUGGGGUGGGGGGAGCACAUGGGGUGGGGGAGCACAUGGGGUGGGUGGAGCACAUGGGGUGGGUGGAGCACAUGGGGUGGGUGGAGCACAUGGGAUGGGGGGAGCACAUGGAGUGGGGGGAUCACAUGGGGUGGAUGGAGCACAUGGGGUGGGGGGAGCACAUGGGGUGGGUGGAGCACGUGGGGUGGGUGGAGCACACGGGGUGGGGGGAGCACACGGGGUGGGGGGAGCACAUGGGGUGGGGGGAGCACAUGGCGUGGGGGGAGCACAUGGGGUGGGGGGAGCACAUGGGGUGGGGGGGAGCACAUGGGUGGGGGGAGCACAUGGGGUGGGGGGAGAACAUGGGUGGGGGGAGCACAUGGGUGGGGGGAGCACAUGGGGUGGGGGGAGCACAUGGGGUGGGGGGAGCACAUGGGGUGGGGGGAGCACAUGGGGUGGGGGGAGCACAUGGGGUGGGGGGAGCACAUGGGGUGGGGGGAGCACAUGGGUUGGGAGGAGCACAUGGGGUGGGGGGAGCACAUGGGGUGGGGGGAGCACAUGGGGUGGGGGGAGCACAUGGGGUGGGGGGAGCACAUGGGGUGGGGGGAGAACAUGGGUGGGGGGAGCACAUGGGGUGGGGGGAGAACAUGGGUGGGGGGAGCACAUGGGUGGGGGGAGCACAUGGGGUGGGGGGAGCACAUGGGGUGGGGGGAGCACAUGGGGUGGGGGGAGCACAUGGGGUGGGGGAGCACAUGGGGUGGGGGGAGCACAUGGGGUGGGGGGAGCACAUGGGGUGGGGGGAGCACAUGGGGUGGGGGGAGCACAUGGGGUGGGGGGAGCACAUGGGGUGGAUGGAGCACAUGGGGUGGGGGGAGCACAUGGGGUGGGGGGAGCACAUGGGGUGGGGGGAGCACAUGGGGUGGGGGGAGCACAUGGGGUGGGGGGAGCACAUGGGGUGGGGGGAAGCACAUGGGGUGGGGGGAGCACAUGGGGUGGAUGGAGCACAUGGGGUGGGGGGAGCACAUGGGGUGGGUGGAGCACAUGGGGUGGGGGGAGCACAUGGGGUCGGGAGAGCACAUGGGGUGGGGGGAGCACAUGGCGUGGGGGGAGCACAUGGGGUGGGGGGAGCACAUGGGGUGGGGGGAGCACAUGGGGUGGGGGGUGCACAUGGGGUGGGGGGAGCACAUGGGGUGGGGGGAGCACAUGGGGUGCGGGGAGCACAUGGGAUAGGGGGAGCACAUGGGGUGGGGGGAGCACAUGGGGUGGGGGGAGCACAUGGGGUGGGAGGAGCACAUGGGGUGGGGGGAGCACAUGGGGUGGGGGGAGCACAUGGGGUGGGGGGAGCACAUGGGGUGGGGGGAGCACAUGGGGUGGGUGGAGCACAUGGGGUGGGUGGAGCACAUGGGGUGGGUGGAGCACAUGGGGUGGGUGGAGCACAUGGGGUGGGUGGAGCACAUGGGAUGGGGGGAGCACAUGGAGUGGGGGGAGCACAUGGGGUGGAUGGAGCACAUGGGGUGGGGGGAGCACAUGGGGUGGGUGGAGCACGUGGGGUGGGUGGAGCACACGGGGUGGGGGGAGCACACGGGGUGGGGGGAGCACAUGGGGUGGGGGGAGCACAUGGCGUGGGGGGAGCACAUGGGGUGGGGGGAGCACAUGGGGUGGGGGGAGCACAUGGGGUGGGGGUAGCACAUGGGAUGGGGGGAGCACAUGGGGUGGGGGGAGCACAUGGGGUGGGGGGAGCACAUGGGGUGGGGGAAGCACAUGGGGUGGGGGGAGCACAUGGGGUGGGGGGAGCACAUGGGGUGGGGGGACCACAUGGGGUGGAUGGAGCACAUGGGGUGGGGGGAGGGGUGGGGGAAGCACAUGGGGUGGGGGGAGCACAUGGGGUGGGGGGAGCACAUGGGGUGGGUGGAGCACAUGGGGUGGGGGGAGCACAUGGGGUGGGGGGAGCACAUGGGGUGGGGGGAGCACAUGGGGUGGGGGGAGCACAUGGGGUGGAUGGAGCACAUGGGGUAGGGGGAGCACAUGGGGUGGGGGGAGCACAUGGGGUGGGGGGAGCACAUGGGUUGGGUGGAGCACAAGGGGUGGGUGGAGCACAUGGGGUGGGUGGAGCACAUGGGGUGGGUGGAGCACAUGGGGUGGGUGGAGCACAUGGGGUGGGUGAAGCACAUGGGGUGGGGGGAGCACAUGGGGUGGGUGGAGCACAUGGGGUGGGUGGAGCACAUGGGGUGGGUGGACCACAUGGGGUGGGGGGAGCACAUGGGGUGGGUGGAGCACAUGGGGUGGGGGGAGCACAUGGGGUGGGUGGACCACAUGGGGUGGGGGAAGCACAUGGGGUGGGUGGAGCACAUGGGGUGGGUGGAGCACAUGGGGUGGGGGGAGCACAUGGGGUGGGGGGAGCACAUGGGGUGGGGGGAGCACAUGGGGUGGGGGGAGCACAUGGGGUGGGUGGAGCACAUGGGUUGGGUGGAGCACAUGAGGUGGGGGGAGCACAUGGGGUGGGUGGAGCACAUGGGGUGGGUGGAGCACAUGGGGUGGGUGGAGCACAUGGGGUGGGUGGAGCACAUGGGGUGGGUGGAGCACAUGGGGUGGGUGGAGCACAUGGGGUGGGGGGAGCACAUGGGGUGGGGGGAGCACAUGGGGUGGGGGGAGCACAUGGGGUGGGGGGAGCACAUGGGGUGGGGGGAGCACAUGGGGUGGGGGGAGCACAUGGGGUGGGUGGAGCACAUGGGGUGGGUGGAGCACAUGGGGUGGGGGGAGCACAUGGGGUGGGUGGAGCACAUGGGGUGGGUGGAGCACACGGGGUGGGGGGAGCACAUGGGGUGGGUGGAGCACAUGGGGUGGGUGGAGCACAUGGGGUGGGGGGAGCACAUCGGGUGGGGGGAGCACAUGGGGUGGGUGGAGCACAUGGGGUGGGGGGGAGCACAUGGGGUGGGGGGAGCACAUGGGGUGGGGGGAGCACAUGGGGUGGGUGGAGCACAUGGGGUGGGUGGAGCACAUGGGGUGGGGGGAGCACAUGGGGUGGGUGGAGCACAUGGGGUGGGUGGACCACAUGGGGUGGGUGGAGCACAUGGGGUGGGUGGAGCACAUGGGGUGGGUGGAGUACAUGGGGUGGGUGGAGCACAUGGGGUGGGGGGAGCACAUGGGGUGGGGGGAGCACAUGGGGUGGGGGGAGCACAUGGGGUGGGGGGAGCACAUGGGGUGGGGGGAGCACAUGGGGUGGGGGGAGCACAUGGGGUGGGGGGAGCACAUGGGGUGGGGGGAGCACAUGGGGUGGGGGGAGCACAUGGGGUGGAUGGAGCACAUGGGGUGGGGGGAGCACAUGGGGUGGGGGGAGCACAUGGGGUGGGGGAGCACAUGGGGUGGGGGGAGCACAUGGGGUGGGGGGAGCACAUGGGGUGGGGGGAGCACAUGGGGUGGGUGGAGCACAUGGGGUGGGUGGAGCACAUGGGGUGGGGGGAGCACAUGGGGUGGGGGGAGCACAUGGGGUGGGGGGAGCACAUGGGGUGGGGGGAGCACAUGGGGUGGAUGGAGCACAUGGGGUGGGGGGAGCACAUGGGGUGGGGGGAGCACAUGGGGUGGGGGGAGCACAUGGGGUGGGGGGAGCACAUGGGGUGCGGGGAGCACAUGGGGUAGGGGGAGCACAUGGGGUGGGGGGAGCACAUGGGGUGGGGGGAGCACAUGGGGUGGGGGGAGCACAUGGGGUGGGGGGAGCACAUGAGGUGGGGGGAGCACAUGGGGUGGGGGGAGCACAUGGGGUGGGGGGAGCACAUGGGGUGGGGGGACCACAUGGGGUGGGUGGAGCACAUGGGGUGGGUGGAGCACAUGGGGUGGGUGGAGCACAUGGGGUGGGUGGAGCACAUGGGGUGGGUGGAGCACAUGGGAUGGGGGGAGCACAUGGAGUGGGGGGAGCACAUGGGGUGGAUGGAGCACAUGGGGUGGGGGGAGCACAUGGGGUGGGUGGAGCACGUGGGGUGGGUGGAGCACACGGGGUGGGGGGAGCACACGGGGUGGGGGGAGCACAUGGGGUGGGGGGAGCACAUGGCGUGGGGGGAGCACAUGGGGUGGGGGGAGCACAUGGGGUGGGGGGAGCACAUGGGGUGGGGGGAGCACAUGGGAUGGGGGGAGCACAUGGGGUGGGGGGAGCACAUGGGGUGGGGGGAGCACAUGGGGUGGGGGAAGCACAUGGGCACAUGGGGGUGGGGGGAGGGGUGGGGGAAGCACAUGGGGUGGGGGGAGCACAUGGGGUGGGGGGAGCACAUGGGGUGGGGGGAGCACAUGGGGUGGGGGGAGCACAUGGGGUGGGGGGAGCACAUGGGGUGGGGGGAGCACAAGGGGUGGGUGGAGCACAUGGGGUGGGGGGAGCACAUGGGGUGGGUGGAGCACAUGGGGUGGGGGGAGCACAUGGGGUGGGGGGAGCACAUGGGGUGGGGGGAGCACAUGGGGUGGGUGGAGCACAUGGGGUGGGGGGAGCAUAUGGGUUGGGGGGAGCACAUGGGGUGGGGGGAGCACAUGGGGUGGAUGGAGCACAUGGGGUGGGGGGAGCACAUGGGGUGGGUGGAGCACAUGGGGUGGGGGGAGCACAUGGGGUCGGGGGAGCACAUGGGGUGGGGGGAGCACAUGGGGUGGGGGGAGCACAUGGGGUGGGGGGAGCACAUGGGGUGGGGGGAGCACAUGGGGUGGGGGGAGCACAUGGGGUGGGGGGAGCACAUGGGGUGGGGGGAGCACAUGGGGUGGGUGGAGCACAUGGGGUGGGUGGAGCACACGGGGUGGGGGGAGCACACGGGGUGGGGGGAGCACAUGGGGUGGGGGGAGCACAUGGCGUGGGGGGAGCACAUGGGGUGGGGGGAGCACAUGGGGUGGGGGGAGCACAUGGGUGGGGGGAGCACAUGGGGUGGGGGGAGAACAUGGGUGGGGGGAGCACAUGGGGUGGGGGGAGCACAUGGGGUGGGGGGAGCACAUGGGGUGGGGGGAGCACAUGGGGUGGGGGGAGCACAUGGGGUGGGGGGAGCACAUGGGGUGGGGGGAGCACAUGGGGUGGGGGGAGCACAUGGGGUGGGAGGAGCACAUGGGGUGGGGGGAGCACAUGGGGUGGGGGGAGCACAUGGGGUGGGGGGAGCACAUGGGGUGGGGGAGCACAUGGGGUGGGGGGAGCACAUGGGGUGGGUGGAGCACAUGGGGUGGGGGGAGCACAUGGGGUGGGUGGAGCACAUGGGGUGGGUGGAGCACAUGGGGUGGGGGGAGCACAUGGGGUGGGUGGAGCACAUGGGGUGGGUGGAGCACAUGGGGUGGGUGGAGCACAUGGGGUGGGGGGAGCACAUGGGGUGGGGGGAGCACAUGGGGUGGGGGGAGCACCAGGGGUGGGGGGAGCACAUGGGGUGGGGGGAGCACAUGGGGUGGGGGGAGCACAUGGGGUGGGGGAGCACAUGGGGUGGAUGGAGCACAUGGGGUGGGGGGAGCACAUGGGGUGGGGGGAGCACAUGGGGUGGAUGGAGCACAUGGGGUGGGGGGAGCACAUGGGCACAUGGGGGUGGGGGGAGCACAUGGGGUGGGGGGAGCACAUGGGGUGGGGGGAGCACAUGGGGUGGGGGGAGCACAUGGGGUGGGGGGAGCACAUGGGGUGGGGGGAGCACAUGGGGUGGGGGGAGCACAUGGGGUGGGGGGAGCACAUGGGGUGGGGGGAGCACAUGGGGUGGAUGGGAGCACAUGGGGUGGGGGGAGCACAUGGGGUGGGGGGAGCACAUGGGGUGGGGGGAGCACAUGGGGUGGGGGGAGCACAUGGGGUGGGGGAAGCACAUGGGGUGGGGGAAGCACAUGGGUGGGGAGCACAUGGGGUGGAUGGAGCACAUGGGGUGGGGGGAGCACAUGGGGUGGGUGGAGCACAUGGGGUGGGGGGAGCACAUGGGGUCGGGGGAGCACAUGGGGUGGGGGGAGCACAUGGCGUGGGGGGAGCACAUGGGGUGGGGGGAGCACAUGGGGUGGGGGGAGCACAUGGGGUGGGGGGAGCACAUGGGGUGGGGGGAGCACAUGGGGUGGGGGGAGCACAUGGGGUGCGGGGAGCACAUGGGGUAGGGGGAGCACAUGGGGUGGGGGGAGCACAUGGGGUGGGGGGAGCACAUGGGGUGGGGGGAGCACAUGGGGUGGGGGGAGCACAUGGGGUGGGUGGAGCACGUGGGGUGGGUGGAGCACACGGGGUGGGGGGAGCACAUGGGGUGGGGGGAGCACAUGGGUUGGGUGGAGCACAUCUAACCACCAUGGCUUCCACUCCUACAGCAACCACUUCUCGUACGCCACCCUCAGAGUCUCCUGGUAGUUCCGCUGGUGGGACCUCUUCUAGUACGUCUUUGGUCUGCAUGGACAGCAAGCACGCAGUCUACCGUCACUUCAAGGUGCCGGCCAAUAGCGUUGGCGAGAACGGCACCAAGGUGUGUGCCUACUGCAACUUCACGUUUGUUGGCGGGGUUCACCGUUGCGCGCAGCAUAUCACCUGCUGGAACGGCAUGCGCCGUCGCGAAGUGCAUCUCUGCACUGCAGCGCCGAAGACUGCACGUGACGCCGUGAAGGCGCUUUACGAGUCCAAGUUGAAGGCCCGUGAAGCGAAGCGUGCGGCUGAAAUUGCGGCGGUCGGCGCAGUCAACGGCAGAGGUUCGGACAAGAAGAAGAGUCGGAUGUCCGACUUCUACGGCGACGACGCCGCGUGCGCGAACCAAGCUGCGGACGAGGCCAUAAGCCUCUUCUUUGCCGCUCUUCAUGUGCCGGAGCAUCACGCGGACCACCCACUGUGGCGGAAUGUGGUCUCCAGCAUCCAGCGCGCGGGGCCGAAUUACGUCGCGCCGAAGAGACGCUACAUCGGUGGCGCCGGUCUUGCAAAGUGUCGCCAGCGCAUUGAGGCGGCGCUCGCUCCUAUCUCAGCAAGCUGGCGCCGUGACGGUGUCACCGUGGCAAGCGACAUGUUCUCCGACAAGGCCGGCCGCCCGCAAGCCAACGUGCUCCUCAUCAACGAUAGCGGUGCGGUGUUUGUGGAGUCGAUCGACACGAAGAUGGAGAUGAAGACCGGGGGCUACAUCGCGGGCAUCUUGCGGCCCAUCAUCGAAAAGGUCGGCCCCGAGAAUGUCGUCGCCUUGUGUUUUGACGGCGGCUCCAACUACGCGGCGGCAUGCAGGGUGUUGAUGCGCGAGUAUCCCCACAUUGAACACAUCCCUUGCGCGACCCAUGUCCUCGAUCUCCUGAUGGAGGACAUCGGGAAAAAGGGAUGGGCGAAGGACAUCGUCACGCGCGGGGACACCCUCAUCUCGUUCGUCCGCAACCAUCACUUCACCCGGGGAUACAUGCGGAGUCCGCUCGUGAACGGCGGCAAGGGGAAACAGGUUCUCAAGCCCGCGGGAACCCGAUUCGGCACCAACUACAUCGCCAUCAACCGCCUCUGUGAAGUGCGCGCCGGCCUGACGCAGAUGGUCCUCAGCGAUGAGUGGGCCGAGUGGACUGCGGCUGUAGACAGGGCUGGGGCAGACACAUUCAAAGACAACAUCCUCGAUGCCGCGUGGUGGACGCGCGCCGAGUUCUUCGCUAAGCUGAUGAGGCUGCCAUUCGUCGUCAUGCGCAAGACUGACUCAGAUUCGAAGGGCAUGAUGGGUCGUCUCUACGACCUCAUGCUCCAGCUCACCGAGGACAUCCGCGACUUCCUCGACGAGCAUGCGGAAGGGGUCCUGACAAGCGACGAGGUGGGGGAUAUUCGGGAGAUCGUGCAGGACCGCUGGGACAACGGGCUGGCGUGCAACUUGCAUGUGAUUGGCCGCAUCCUCUACCCCACCAACCAGGAAGAGUGCAUUUUCCGCACCGACCUGGAGUGCACGAGGGUCUUCAAGCAGUACGUCUCCAAGCACCAUGGUGACAAGACGGUCACCAGGAAGGACGGGGUCGAGCGCCGCGCCUCUCUCGUCAUCCAGGAAGGCCUCAAUGCCUUCCUGAACCUCCAAGGCAGCUUCGGCAUGCCCGACGCUAUUGCCGACCGCCAGGCAGUGAAGGAGGGCAAGAUGACGGCGGUGGACUGGUGGACAUGGCACGGGACCGAUCAUCCUGAGCUCACCACCAUGGCUUGCCGCGCCAUCACGCAGCCGGUGUCUGCGUCUCCAUCACAUGGGGUGGGUGGAGCACAUGGGAUGGGGGGAGCACAUGGAGUGGGGGGAGCACAUGGGGUGGAUGGAGCACAUGGGGUGGGGGGAGCACAUGGGGUGGGUGGAGCACGUGGGGUGGGUGGAGCACACGGGGUGGGGGGAGCACACGGGGUGGGGGGAGCACACGGGGUGGGGGGAGCACACGGGGUGGGGGGAGCACAUGGGGUGGGUGGAGCACAUGGGGUGGGGGGAGCACAUGGGGUGGGGGGAGCGCAUGGGGUGGGGGGAGCACAUGGGGUGGGGGGAGCACAUGGGGUGGGGGGAGCACAUGGGGUGGGGGGAGCACAUGGGGUGGGGGGAGCACAUGGGGUGUGGAGAGCACAUGGGGUGGGGGGAGCACAUGGGGUGGGGGGAGCACAUGGGGUGGAUGGAGCACAUGGGGUGGGGGGAGGGGUGGGGGAAGCACAUGGGGUGGGGGGAGCACAUGGGGUGGGGGGAGCACAUGGGGUGGGGGGAGCACAUGGGGUGGGGGGAGCACAUGGGGUGGGGGGAGCACAUGGGGUGGGGGGAGCACAUGGGGUGGGGGGAGCACAAGGGGUGGGUGGAGCACAUGGGGUGGGGGGAGCACAUGGGGUGGGUGGAGCACAUGGGGUGGGGGGAGCACAUGGGGUGGGGGGAGCACAUGGGGUGGGGGGAGCACAUGGGGUGGGUGGAGCACAUGGGGUGGGGGGAGCACAUGGGGUGGGGGGAGCACAUGGGGUGGGGGGAGCACAUGGGCACAUGGGGUGGGUGGAGCACAUGGGGUGGGUGGAGCACAUGGGGUGGGUGGAGCACAUGGGGUGGGUGGAGCACAUGGGGUGGGUGAAGCACAUGGGGUGGGGGGAGCACAUGGGGUGGGUGGAGCACAUGGGGUGGGUGGAGCACAUGGGGUCGGUGGAGCACAUGGGGUGGGGGGAGCACAUGGGGCGGGUGGAGCACAUGGGGUGGGGGGAGCACAUGGGGUGGGGGGAGCACAUGGGUGGGGGGAGCACAUGGGGGGGAGCACAUGGGGUGGGGGGAGCACAUGGGGUGGGUGGAGCACAUGGGGUGGGUGGAGCACAUGGGGUGGGGGGAGCACAUGGGGUGGGUGGAGCACAUGGGCACAUGGGGUGGGGGGAGCACAUCGGGUGGGGGGAGCACAUGGGGUGGGUGGAGCACAUGGGGUGGGGGGGAGCACAUGGGGUGGGGGGAGCACAUGGGGUGGGGGGAGCACAUGGGGUGGAUGGAGCACAUGGGGUGGGUGGAGCACAUGGGGUGGGGGGAGCACAUGGGGUGGGUGGAGCACAUGGGGUGGGUGGAGCACAUGGGGUGGGUGGAGCACAUGGGGUGGGUGGAGCACAUGGGGUGGGUGGAGCACAUGGGGUGGGUGGAGCACAUGGGGUGGGGGGAGCACAUGGGGUGGGGGGAGCACAUGGGGUGGGGGGAGCACAUGGGGUGGGGGGAGCACAUGGGGUGGGGGGAGCACAUGGGGUGGGGGGAGCAAAUGGGGUGGGGGGAGCACAUGUGGUGGGGGGAGCACAUGGGGUGGGGGGAGCACAUGGGGUGGGGGGAGCAUGCGAGGAGUGUGACAGAGGGAAAGGGGACAGAGUGGGACUGCAUGGGAGAAGGGGAAGUGGAGUCAUAUAUUUCGAGGCACCUCCAGACUCGUCAGAGGUAGUAGGUAGGUGCCACCGCUCUGAACCGUAG